UUGUUCAUUUGUACAAUCCAAGAACACGGCACUUUACCGAUGCUGUGUUUGCAGGAACAAGCCAUCACUCCUGAAGUGCGUCUCCCAGAGUACUCUUGGUGGAUCGGCAACCACUCGGACGAGCUCACUCCAUGGAUCCCUUACUUGGCCUCGAGGUCCCGGCCGGAUGCACGGGUGUUCCUGCUGCCCUGCUGCCCGUUCGGCUUCCAUGGGAAGUACCAGCGACAGCACGGCAACAUGAGCCAGUACCAGUCAUACUUGCUCUUCCUCCAGGACCUCUGCCGGGGACUCCGCUUCAGCGUGCAGCUCGACAGGCUACGUAUUCCCUCCACCAAGCGGAUCUGUCUCGUCUGCAAACCGGGCGACGCCGCUGGAGAUACGGGGCUCGGGGCAGAGUCACCUACGGCGUGGAAAUCCGUUCCGGACCGGAUCCGGUGGCCGAGCGCCGAUUCGGGAGAAAGCCGCACCGAGACCGCCGGAGACACUAACGACGGCCACGGAACCGGGGGAUUCAAGCCGAGGGAGGGAGUGGAAGCGGUUCGAAACUGCACGCAGCUGGACCGCAGGUUCCUGGACUCCACCGUGGACCUCAUUGCCAAGAGGCUACUGCAGGCAGAGGCAACGGAUGGAGAGGCGUUGCCGGAUCGCGACCACUGGAACAGGGGAGGUGUGAUGCACCUGAGGGACCUGGUUCAGCUGCUGACUGAGCAGGAUCUUCAAAUGCUGAAGAGCCAGUGUGGAGGCUUGCAGACACUCAUCAGGAACCACAGGCACAUCUUUCUCGUCGAGAAAGGGCUGGUGUCCCUCAACGUCCCAUCGAGCGAAACGCAGCGGAGAAUCCAGUCGAAGAGCGGGCCUGCCUCAAAGUGCCCCCCGAGGAAGAAGCAGUGCUGGUUCUUUGCCCACCAUCCCCAGGGCUGCCCCCUCACCUCUGACAGCUGCCACUUCCUUCACCGGGCAUAAAAGCUUUAGCACCAUUGC